AUGGAAAGGAAAUUCUCUAAACAGGUCCGAACAUAUCAACCAACUUAUCAGCUGAAAGCACGAAAACGAUUUGAUCCUGACAAAGUAGAAAAGGUGUUAAAACGUAUAGUAGACGAUGAGCUAGCGGAGAUUGAAUACAGCGAGAAAGUAAUACCAGAACUAUGUUUAAACUUAGCAGAAACGAUACGGAAUGCUGUCAAAGAGUUAAAUUACGACAGAUGCAGAAUUAUUACGUGCGUAAGUAUCGGCCAACGCCGCCAACAGAGCUUCGUUCUAUUUCACACGUUCCUAUGGGAUCAUGAACGAGAUUCCUUUGCUUCCUAUAAUUAUGAAAACCCUCACAUAUUUGCCAGUGUUGUUGUUUAUGGAAUUUAUUUAGACUAG